AUGAGUCAAGUCUUCAAGGACGAUACUCAAUCAUGGCCCACUCGACCGUUCGGAGUACUCGUCUCGACCGAUCCAUUGGGACCGAUGAUCUAUCAAGGGCGACAGAUGUUGGCGAUAUGUAAGAACAUGUCGGCGGCCGCCAAAAUCAUUUUCGAAGCCAGACCGACAAUACCAACCCGUUUGACCCCGAAACAAUUCAGCGAAUUGAAGAGCGUGUUUCAAAUUGGUUCUCAUCCUCUCGAUCAUGAUUGGACUGGUGGUCCUACUCCUUAUGUCCCUCUGGCUAAAUUCCCUUUAUACGGUUGGUGGACUGCUAUGCGAUUAUUCGAAUUGAAUCCUGAAUUGAAAGCUUGCGUGGUAUCAUUUGUGGAUUUAGAUAAGAUCCCCCUUUACAUCAACACUUUCGAAAUUAUCACCUCGCAAAAUUGUCUUCCCGAUAGAUACAAGACUCAGAGAUUGAACAAACGAUCCAAGUUGGAUUUGGAGAAGAGACGACAUACCGCCCAGCUUUAUGGGGACUUCUUUGCGUAUGGUUUCCUUCCUUGGAAUGCAACGUCUCGUCAGGUUGAAGUCAGCAGAAAUAAUCCAGGUAUCACUAUACCUAAAGAGUGGUUGAAAGAUGAUUUCUCAGAAACAGGACCAUGGAUGGAACAGAUGUGUUUCAAAGGAACGGAUAGCUUUCAUCGAGUCAAGAGAAGAGUGGCUGAAAGGAAAAUUCAACUCACUGGAAAGAUCGUUCACGAGAAGGACAACGAAGUACACCGUCUCACUUAUCAUCAAACAGGAGAUAUAUCGAGGCAGGAGGUUGAAUUGAUGUUCAACGAAUUAGGAAUGAAAAGCGAUGAGAUCAGGGACGAGGUGAACAUGGGACGCGGGUUAGAAGCCCUUGGAGAAUUUUCUGAAUUUGUGGCAAGAUGGAGUAGAUGA